UGUUUUCAAGCUGUGCAGCUCAGAAGAGGCUUUUUAAGUCAUCUUUUUAGUGUGGAGGCCAAGAAACAUUUCAAGAAUAACAUGUGGAUUCCUAUGGUUCAAGCAUGGAAGUGGUUCUGCACUAUCGACCAUGGCAAAAAGACCCCACAGUAUUGCAAAAAAUCACAGAAGAGGCACUGAAAGAAUUUCCUGUUCGGAAACUGCCAAGCUUCAGACCCUGGUUUCCAAGUCACUCAUGCAAACUUCCCUUUAAACCUAAAAGAAGACCUCCUGUCAUUUCAGCUGAAGAAGCAGAGCAGGUGAAACAUCACCUUGCAGUCCCAGAAACAGUUUGUGGCUCUCUGAUUUAUGACUGUACAGCAGUUCUUCUGGAAUUUAAUUCUGAUAUACAAGCUGGACAGCGUAUACAGGCAGAGUAUGGAAAAAUUAAUUCAAGCAGUUUGGGGAAGCAGUCAGAAAAUGGCAGCAUGAAACUAAGAAGAUCUUGGAGUGUGUCUGUUCCCAGGUCUGACCUUAAAGACAAGAUUCUUCCUCUGUCUAGAGAACUGCAGAGCAUUUUAGACAACUUAAAGCUACAUGCAUUCUACAGAGCAAGAUGGAUAAUUGAACCAUCCACUUUUAAUAAUCAAACUUUGGAAGACAUUUGGGUAAAACUCAACCAGAUGAUCAAACACAAUGAACUACCAUCUUGUAAUGCUACGAUCCAGAGACAUGAAAACCAGAUUUGGGUUUUCUGUGACAUAUUAUACUGUGAAUACGUUGGCAGUAACCUUAGGAAAAAAUUAAACCUUGGGGGCAUUAUGAACUUGUUUGUUCACAGACAUGGAGUCAUAUACAGCUUAUAACUCUGGAUUAAAGGCUGUGCUGUUCACUUUGUAAUAUUUUAAUUCAAGUAUUUUUAAAUGACUUGGCGAACAAACAAUUCUAUAAUUAGUUUGACCUAGGCAUUUCCCUCAUUGUGUGACUAAUAAUAGGAUAUUUUGUCUCACUGAAUGUUUGGAGUACUCCCUAUAGCCUCCUGUGCUGAUGCAAAGAGAGCUAGUGUCUGUCCAGUGAUUCUUCCAAACAAACAGAAGUCAUGCCACCUGUGUACCCACUGGCUAGAGGGGUGGCUUUUUUAGCUUAUGAAUUCAGUGUAAAAUGAAUGACAAAAACAGGACAUCCUCUCAAAGGCGUCAUCUCUGGGAGACAGGAUUGUUCUUGUGAGGGGUCUAAAAGGCUGACCGUUUCAGGAAAUGUCCAUUGUUAGAAUGAUGCUUCUUGUUCUAUAUAUAAGAAUUGACCUUCUACAUGACUCUUGUUACCUCAUUCCUGUUUGAAGUUUUUGGUUAAAAUUACUGAAUAAUAAAGAUGUUAUGUCAUUUGUGCUAG